AUGAUACCUUACAAGCAGCGCUGCUGCUUCUGCUGCUUCUUCCUCCUUCUUUCUUCUUCUUCUUCUUCUUGUUCCUUCUUCUUUCUUCUUCUUCCUUCUUCCUUCUUUUUCCUUCUUUCUUCUGCCUCCUUCUUUCUUCUUCUUUCUUCACCUUCUUCUUCUUUCUUCUUCUUUUUCCUUCUUCUUCCUUCUUUCUUCUUCUUCCUUCUUCUUUCUUCUUUUUUCUUCUUUCUUCUUUUUCCUUCUUUCUUCUUCUUUCUUCUUCUUCUUCUUCCUUCUUUUCCUUCUUCUUUCUUCUUCUUUUCUUCUACUUCUUCUUCCUUCUUUCUUCUUUUUCCUUCUUUCUUCUUUUUCCUUCUUUCUUCUUCUUUCUUCACCUUCUUCUUCUUUCUUCUUCUUUCUUCUUUUUCCUUCUUUCUUCUUCUUCUUCCUUCUUCUUUAUUCUUCUUUCUUCUUUUUCCUUCUUUCUUCUUCUUCUUCCUUCUUCUUUAUUCUUCUCCCUUCUUCUUCUUCUUCUUCUCCCUUCUUCUUCUUCUUUCUUCUUUCUUCUUCUUUCUUCUUCUUCCUUCUUUCUUCUCCUUCUUAUUUCUUCUUUUUCCUUUCUUUCUUCUUCUUCCUUCUUUCUUCUUUUUCCUUCUUUCUUCUUCCUCCUUCUUUCUUCUUCUUUCUUCUCCUUCUUCUUCUUUCUUCUUCUUUCUUCUUUUUCCUUCUUUCUUCUUCUUCUUCUUCUUCUUCUUCUUCUUCUUCUUCUCUACAUUUGUUUUCUAA